GUCACAUUUGAUAAGGAGAGCUACUCACAGGAGGACUUGUCAGCCCCCAACCGAUUUAUAGACAAUCUCUCUGGCCCUGAAUUAAGAUAAUUCAUCCGAGGCUGGAGAAGAUGACGAAGAUAUUGAUCAUGCUUGUUCUUGCCAUGAACUGCUGGCCUUGCUCAGGCUUCCCUGUGUACGACUAUGAUCCGUCCUCCGUGCGGGAAGCCCUGGGUGCCUCCGUGGCCAAGGUGAAUGCCCAGUCACUGAGCCCAUACCUGUUCCGGGCAUUCAGAAGCUCCGUGAGAAGAAUCAACGUCUUGGAUGAUGAUACCUUGAGCAUGGAUUUAGAAUUCAGCAUUCGAGAAACUACUUGCAGGAGAGAUUCGGAACAAGAUCCUUCUACCUGUGAUUUCCAGAGGGGUUACUUCGUGCCGACAGCCGUCUGCAGAAGCACGGUGCAGGUGUCCGCCGACCAGGUGCAGGAUGUGUGGGUUCGCUGCGGCUGGCCCUCCAGCUCCGAGUCUAGCAGCAGCGAAGAGAUGAUUUUUGGAGACAUUUUGGGAUCCUAUAAAUGGAGAAACAAUGAUCAACUAGAUCUCAUUCCUGAUGAACUCAGAAAUGGACAAUUUUAUGAGAGUUCAUCUGAGAUCAUGAGAAGGGCCUUUCCUCCCGGAAGUAGAAGACACCCAGCCCGCCAGUACAGAGCAAGAAUACACUCAGGCUUUGAGUAACAGCCCUGAGUCAAGACAGCAUUCUCGAUCCCUGGAUGCCAGAGCCAGGCUCAUCCCUUGGAGUCAUGUCCCGCUUUGCCAGUGAGGGCAACGGGUAGUGAGUUUAUUUGCAGAGCUGAGAGAAAGAGACCACAUCUGAGAAACAAAAGAGGUUCUCAUUACUGGUAAUUUUAACACUGGUUUGUACCAGGUCACAGGGCCCUGUUCACCUAGAGGAUGGGUCUAAGCUCCCUGAAGUGGUGCAUGAGGAAUCAAGCCCCCAUCCCCAAUAGCCUUGUCCCCAUCUGUGUGCCCAGCUCCAUCUCCAGCUUCUCUCUGCCUCACACAUCGUGGGAAGAGUCUCACAUAUCUGAUGUUCCCACCAGCUCCAGUCUGUUUCCCAUCUCCAUUUCCAGGCCCUGUUGCUGGAGUGCCACAGCCCAGCACCCCAGCUUCUUCCUUGAGUCCAAACCAUGUGUCUCCUCCUUCAGGAACCCCUUUCUUGCCCAGAUCCACACCUUCCUUGGGACCCUGUACAGGUGCAUCUCUGGAAUUGCAUUUGCCAUGUUGAACUAUAAUUACUUCUGUCUUCUUCACUGGUUUGUGAUUUUUUAAGGCCAAAGGCUAUUACUUAUCAAUCUUUGUAGCCCAAAUAAAUGCUCCAUGUGUAGAUGCUUAUUGAGUGGUUGAGUAAAUAAUGAAUGAAUGAUUUCCCUCUCCAGCCUUGCACCCUCAGAUGACUGCAGCUAUAGCCAGCCUUUCCUCCUUCACUGGCUCAAUUGGUUUCUUCCUUCUCAUCCUCACACCACAAGCACCUCCUUGGACCAACUCAAGUUCCAAUGCACACCUGCAGCCUCACCUUGGGGCUGUCCCUUGUCGUUCCCUUUUUGAGACUGGCGCUUCCUUUCUUGGGCUACAUCUCUGAUCCCAGACACUCAGUGUCCUCCUCUUCUUCCCUGAGGUGUCUCCCACCUAUUUUCUUUUUUCAGGGACCUGGCUUCUUUGCACAGCUAAUGUAGUCUGCCCUGCCAUCUUAGAUCUGUUUACAACAGCUUCUGGGAAUCCUGGGUCCUGCACAUCUGUAGCAAGAAUGAGGAACACAUGCCACCGAGGUCUAAUCCCCCUCUUCCUUCUCUCUUU